UCGGCGGGGGGCGGGGCCGGGCCGCUGAGGCGGGGAAGCCGGUUCCCCUCGCCCCGUCAGGGCGGCUGCUCUGGGUGCCCCGACUCCCCCCGCCUCCGGGGCACAUGACCCGCCCUCUCCUCUCCCCGGCGGAGCGGCGCACAGCUCGCAGGCCCAGGCCCGCGCGACAGAGGCAGGAGCGGAUCCGCCCCCGCCAGGCCCGCAGGCUGAGAGGGUUUCUGAGGAAUUUGAGGUCAAUUUGAAAAGUUGCAACAUUUGCAUGUGAAGCUCAUGCAUCCUUAAAACUUAUGAAUGUAUGCACACAAGUAUCUGAUUUUUCUCCAAAUGCUGUUUUUAUGGGUGCUAAUUAUGCCAACACAAUCUAUAUGCCAGUCUUUGCAAAGUUGACCCCAAAGGUUUUAACAACAUCUCCUGCCUUACAAGAAUUUUAAAUUGAUUGAUCAACAUUGAUCAACUUUAGCCCUCAGUUGCAGUCAUUAUGUUCCUUGAAAUAUUCCUGACACUGGCCUUGGGGGGGACCAUCGUCUAUCUGUUCCUUUCCAGAAAGAAGGAGGAGACGCUACCCAUUGAAGAGGAAUGGUGGGGCAAAGGGCAGAAACCUGACUCAGAAGAAGAUACAACUGUUCGUCCAUUUAAGGUGGAAACCACAGAAGCAGAGCUGAAUGAUUUAUUUAGAAGACUUGAUCAGGCUCGAUUCACUGAGCCCCUGGAGAACAGUUGCUUCCAAUAUGGAUUUAACUCCGUUUAUCUCCGAAAAGUCGUCUCCUACUGGAGAAAUCAGUUCAACUGGAAGAAGCAAGUGGAAGUUCUCAACAAAUUCCCGCAAUUCAAAACUAAGAUUGAGGGCCUUGAUGUCCAUUUUGUUCAUGUAAAGCCUCCCAGCUUGCCUGAGGGCCGCUCUGCAAAGCCAUUAUUAAUGGUUCAUGGUUGGCCUGGCUCAGUCUAUGAGUUUUACAAAAUUAUCCCUCUCUUGACGGACCCUGCUAGCCAUGGCCUGAGUGAUGAACAUAUUUUUGAGGUCAUUUGCCCAUCAAUCCCUGGCUAUGGCUUCUCGGAAGCAUCACACAAAAAAGGCUUUAAUUCUGUGAGUGCCGCCUGCAUAUUUUAUAAAUUGAUGUGCAGGCUUGGAUUCCAUGAAUUCUAUGCUCAAGGUGGUGACUGGGGCUGGCUGAUCUGUACCAACCUGGCCCAGAUAGCUCCCAACCACGUGAAAGGCCUUCACUUAAAUAUGGUUUCAGUUACGAGCAUGAGAUUUACCCAGCUGCUGUCCAUUCUGUUGGGACGUUAUUUCCCAGGACUCUUUGGUUUCCAGGAUGAAGAUGUCAGACGGAUGUUUCCUUUCCUGAAAAAGGGACUCUAUAGGAUCUUGGUGGAGGCUGGCUAUGCUCACAUACAGGCUACAAAGCCUGACACUGUUGGCUGUGGCCUGAAUGACUCUCCAGUGGGGCUGGCUGCAUACAUCUUGGAGAAGUUUUCUACGUGGACUGAUCUUGAAUUCCGGAAACUAGAGGAUGGCGGUCUAGAAAGGAAGUACUCUCUGGAUGACCUUCUCACUAACGUCAUGCUCUAUUGGGUGCCAGGCUGCAUGGUUUCUGCAAUGCGUUUCUACAAGGAGAAUUUCGGGAAGGGGAUUGGUACGCAGAAACAUGAGAAGCUCCCUGUGCGAGUGCCUACAGGUAUUGCUUCCUUCCCCAAUGAAGUCCUGCACACUCCUCGGUCCUGGGCGCAGCAGAAGUACAUCAAUAUCAUCUCCUUCAAUUUCAUGCCACGAGGUGGCCACUUCGCAGCCUUUGAAGAACCGGAACUUCUUGCCGCAGAUAUUCAGCAAUUUGUGGGGAGAGUGGAAAAGGAGGAACUCUGGCGGGAGAAGGGAAAAUAACUCCCCUGUGUGAGGUGCCUUUAACUUCAGGCACUUGUAACCUCAGUAUGGCCUGUGUUAUGAUAUGCAAGCUUGCCUUGAACAAGAUAUAAUAGAAAAUAAAAUAGAGCAGCUGUUUAUUCAGAUGUAGUAUUCUUAGGGUGUAAUAGUUACUCUUCACCAGCAGGCUGAACUGAAACAGUAUAAGAAUGUAAGAUGAAAAUGUGUCUUUUCACAUGCAGAACUCUGAAUGUCAGCAUUGACACCUGUUAAUUCUCUUUGCUUUGGAGAUGCAGCGGGGAGUAGAUCUUGUUUGAUUUAGAUGUGUCUUUGGAGGAGUAAAUUUCCUUGAGUUACUACAACCAUGUGGCAUCUUGAGAUUUUCAGCUGAUGAUAAUCUAUAUUCAGGGGUUAUGGUGUCACUUCUCUGCUAAUAGUAUGCAUUAGAUUUCUGUACUGAAAGGUGGGAAAUGUAGCAUUUUAAUGCAUAACUAACUGAACUACUGCAGCAGUUAAUCAUUCAAUAAAGAAAAGCCUAUUAAA